CCCACCGCCGCGCACGUGACGAGCGCUGCCUGCGAUGACCUCAUCCCUGGUGUGGGAUGACGUCAAAUUCAAGAUGGAUGGAAUCACAGCGGCAGCGGCGGCUGCGGGUUGCGCUAGCCGAGUGUGAGAGGAAAGGGACCAGGCACCUGCCCCGGGGCUGAAGAGUGGUGAGUAACCGUCACGUCUCGCGCCCUCGAAGGACGUUGGGCCCUGUUGGGGGUUACGGCCUCCCCGCAAAACGCGGCCUUUCCUGACGUAACUCUGAGGUGAUUUCUCUCCUUUUUUCCUCCCCCAGUGGGUUGCGGGCGCCCGGCCCUUCUACGCGUGCGCGGGGCCGCGGUCCUCACCGAGCAUGCUCAGACUCCCACGUAGCCUAGCGUGCCUUUACACUGCGCAUGCUCUGUGCCCGCACUUGGCUUCACCCUCACUGCUGCGCAUGCUCAGCCUCCGGGCCCGCUGAGCUGCUCACCCUGACCAGGAUGGCCUGGGUAGCCAGGGAGUGGAGUCUCGGGACGCGCGCCCCUAGAGAGCCGUUGAGAUGCCGCUGCGGGCAAGGGCACAUUCAGGGCCUGGCAGCACGCGCGCGCGAGACCGGGGAGCUGGGCGGCACCCCGCACCUGCCGCGGCUGGAACAUGACAGCCUGUCGGCCAGCCCCUCCGCGGACACCUCCUGAGCCCAUGCAGACCCUGCCUCCCUGUCCCCCCUCCCCCGAGAAACACCCUCCUCGCCCAGGGACAUAGCGCGGAAGACCUUACUGCAGCCCACACGUCCGUGUCUCCCUGUCUCCUAGGCCUGAUUAUUAGGAGCAUCUCAAGUGCCCCUCUAAAGAGACCGCACCGUGUAAUCAAAGAACCAUGCACUGUGCGGCCCCGAGGCCCUGGGUACUGGAGAACCACACACUGUAGCACUUUGUAGGGGGCCUUAGACAGGUUCUCCUUGAGGUUGCCUGACACAGGGGCGGUGUUGAGGGGCACUGAGCAGCCCUCCAAAGCCUGGAAUUUUGUGUUGGUGCAUGAACUCCAAUUGUCUCUAUGUCUUCGGACAUCUGUGUUACAGCAUAGUCCGGUGAUUGUUCAUCAGCAUGACCCUGAGUCAUGAGUUCCUGGAUUUGUUUCAUGAUCCUCCCACCUUGUUUAAGAGGGCGAAAAAUAGGUUAAUCCAUUUUAGCGUUUCCACCAAAAACCCUCCUCCAUGUCUGGUAAUUAAUCAUCACCCUUAAUCAAAUCCCUAAAUAUUGACAUUAAAUGAGAAAUUUGGCUUACUUAAAAGUGGCUCUAAUUCAGCCCAUGCACUUAACAGUAUAGCGUUUUUAUUUAGUGGAAGUAUAGGGAGCAUCGUUCUGCAGAAAUAGAAAUUGUCGAUAGAAGAUCACCCUCAGAAAUUGACAGUAUUAUGUAGUGGGGGAAAUUAGGUAUAGGAACACUAAAAGCAACAAAAGAGUUAACAUAGAGGUCUCCAGACAAGGAGAUAACUUGAGAAGCCAUUUUAGUUGUUCCUGUACUAGAGCUGACUGAGGGCUGGAUUUACAGGUAUCAGAGAUGGGCCAAAGGGCAAUGAAAAGAGAAUAACUUUCUGCCUGAGGACACCUGGCUGGCAUCACCUCAACCUAAGGAGACAAUGUAUGAAGACAAGCAGUCACAGGAAUGUGAGGUGCAGGAGAACAGGAAGCCAGCCAGCAAGCUCACCUCCCAUCAUCAGCACCUCUUACGAUGCACAGUGUACAGCGGGCUCCCAAACACUCGGGAGAGGAAGAGAGAAGGAAGAUGUGUACUUGCCAGAUAAACUGCAGGAUGGAGGGACUGCUGCAUUACAUCAACCCAGCACAUGCCAUCUCUCUGCUCAGCGCCCUCAAUGAGGAGCGCCUCAAGGGACAGCUGUGUGAUGUACUCCUGAUUGUUGGGGACCAGAAGUUCCGAGCUCAUAAGAACGUCUUGGCUGCCAGCAGUGAGUACUUCCAGAGUUUAUUCACGAAUAAGGAGAACGAGGCACAGACUGUCUUUCAGCUGGACUUCUGUGAGCCUGAUGCUUUUGACAACGUUCUGAACUACAUUUACUCUUCCUCCCUUUUUGUGGAGAAGGGCAGCCUUGCUGCUGUGCAAGAGCUGGGGUAUAGCCUUGGUAUCUCCUUCCUGACCAACAUCGUUGCCAAAGCCCCUCAGGCUCCUUUUCCAGCCUGUCCCAACAGGAAAAGAGUGCCGGUGGAAGAUGAUGAGACCAGCUCUCAAAAGCGAAGUGUCAUCGUGUGUCAGGGCAGAAGCGAAGUGCCAGGGAAAGCCAGUGGUCCAGCCGUGCAGGACCUCAGCCUUGCUGCCCGGUCCUCCCCGAGUGGUGCAGUCAAGACCAGCACCAAUAAGCCACAUGUGGCCAAGCCGCCAGAGCAGCUUCACAGUCUGUCCUUAACUGAAAAGAGUUGGCCGAAGGAUAGUGCUGCGGUAUAUGCAAAGUCUCUGGAACAGCCUGGGGCUUUGGAUGAUCCUAACAGGGGCAGUUUGGUUAAGAGAAACGCAGUCCUACCCCCAAAGCCUUCACAAGACAGGGAGGCCACGGACGAUAAGCCUGGGGUGAGCAGCCAGCUUCCCAAGGGGAAGGCUAUAGAGCUGGCUCUGAAGAGACCACGGCCACCUGUUCUGUCUCUUCGUAGCUCAUCUGAGACUCCAUAUCUCUUAAAAGAAACUAGCAAAGGAGGUGGUCAGGGGGAGGAUAGGAACUUGCUGUACUACUCUAAGCUAGGCCUGGUGGUUCCAUCCAGUGGGCCUGCUUCUGCAAACCAGAGCAUUGACAGAAGUGGCCCAUUAGUGAAAAGCCUCCUCAGGCGGUCACUGUCUAUGGACAGCCAGGUUCCUGUUUACUCCCCCUCUAUAGAUUUAAAGUUAUCCCAGGGAUCAUCCACAGCAGCAAAUGAGGCACCAGGCAGUGUGUUCUGUGCAGUGUCUCAAAAGUCAUCUUUAAAAGAUGGCAGUGAAAAAAAAGCCCUGGAUGACAGGCCUCAAGCUCUCCAGCCUCAUCGCCUCAGGUCCUUUAGUGCUUCUCAGUCAACAGACAGGGAGGGGACCUCCCCUGUGACUGAGGUGCGCAUUAAGACUGAGCCUAGCAGCCCUCUGUCGGACCCUUCAGACAUCAUCCGGGUCACCGUGGGAGAUGCAGCAACGGCUACAAGAGACCUGCCCCUCAAAGCAGAGGAAGACCAGAGGGAUAUUAGCAGACUCCCAGCAAAGAGAAGGUUCCAGGCAGACAGAAGGUCACCCUUGAAGAAAGCAAGGGCAAAUGAGCAUGGGCCUUCUGUCUCAGAAGAGAACUGUGAGGAGGACAGGAGCCCUCCUUCCCUUGACAGCAACUUCCCAGAUUCUGAAUUAAACAGAGAGGAGUUUGGUGAGUUGGAGGGGACGAGACCAAACAAAAAAUUUAAAUGCAAACAUUGCCUUAAGAUUUUUAGAUCAACCGCGGGUCUUCACCGCCAUGUUAACAUGUACCAUAACCCAGAGAAGCCUUACACUUGUGACAUCUGUCACAAGAGGUUUCAUACCAACUUCAAAGUGUGGACACACUGUCAGACCCAACACGGCAUAGUGAAGAACCCAUCGCCAGCCUCUAGUUCCCAUGCAGUUUUGGAUGAGAAAUUCCAAAGAAAACUGAUUGACAUAGUGAGAGAGAGGGAGAUUAAGAAGGCCCUGAUCAUUAAGCUGAGGCGCAGCAAGCCUGGCUUCCAGGGACAGAGUAGCUCCCCAGCACAGCAAGUCAUCAAGAGGAACUUGCGCUCCCGAGCCAAAGGGGCCUACAUUUGUGCCUACUGUGGCAAGGCAUACCGUUUUCUCUCUCAGUUUAAGCAGCACAUAAAGAUGCACCCGGGAGAGAGGCCCCUCGGAGUGAGCAGAGCUGCUAAGCCGAAAGAGCGGGCUCUGGCACACGCGGUAGAGAGCAAGGAGGUUUACCCGUGCCGCCUCUGUAAUGCUAAGCUCUCUUCUCUUCUAGAGCAAGGCAACCACGAGCGCUUGUGCCGGAACGCCACCGUUUGCCCUUACUGCAGCCUCAGGUUCUUCUCCCCCGCGCUGAAGCAGGAGCAUGAGGACAGGUGUGAGUACAAAAAGCUGACCUGCCUGGAGUGUAUGCGCACCUUCAAGUCUUCCUUCAGCAUCUGGCGGCACCAGGUAGAAGUGCACAACCAGAACAACAUGGCUUCAGCAGAGAACAUCUCCUUGCCCACCCUGGACCACAACGGUGAAGUGGCAGCUGCUUCCAGGCCUCAGGCUGAGCCUACCAAGGUAAACCAUGCGGCUGCUCCAAAAGAGGACACAGCGUUUAGUGACUCUUCAGAGCAAGUGAACUUCGAUUCUGAGGAUUCCUCCUGCCUCCCUGAAGACUUGAGUCUUUCAAAGCAACUGAAAGUCCAAGUCAAAGAGGAGCCUGUGGAGGAGGCUGAGGAGGAGGCUCCUGAGGCCAGUGCAGCUCCCAGGGAGGCUGGCCCCAGCAAGGAGGCUGGUCUGUGGCCUUGCGAGAAAUGUGGGAAGAUGUUCACAGCACACAAGCAGCUGGAGCGACACCAGGAGCUGCUGUGUUCCGUGAAGCCCUUCAUCUGCCAUGUGUGCCACAAAGCCUUCCGUACCAACUUCCGGCUUUGGAGUCACUUCCAGUCCCACAUGUCUCAGGCCACAGAGGAGCCUGCACAGAAAGAGGCUGAGGUGUGUCCUGUGCCCACAAACUCCCCAUCACCACCACCUCUGCCUCCUCCACCACCCUUGCCCAAGAUCCAGCCUCUGGAGCCCGACAGCCCCACAGGCCUUCCUGAGAACCCAACCCCAGCCACAGAGAAGCUGUUUGCACCCCAGGAGUCAGACACCCUCUUCUACCACGCCCCUCCCCUUUCAGCAAUCACAUUUAAAAGACAGUUCAUGUGCAAGCUCUGCCAUAGGACAUUCAAGACCGCCUUCAGUCUUUGGAGUCAUGAGCAGACACACAAUUAAAUGACUUACCCCUCUCACCUGUCAGAAAACAGCAGGCCCCUGGCUUGUGAACUGUGUCCUAAGACAGCAUUUUUUUUUUUUUUUAAAUAAAGGUUGGAAAUUGUUGUAUGAAUUUUAGGUUUGGGAUAAAUUGAUAUUGGCUUGAAAUGUCCUUAUAGCUUCAGAAACAAACUCUGAAAUAUUGUGGCUCUGGACCUCAGUCAGCAGAGGUUUGAUUCUGUUACUGUUGAAGUUGGGUUAAUGUUGGUGAAUUGCAUGGUUCCUCAUUCCAAGGUGUCACUAUAAUGACUUGAUUGAGGUUUUUGGUUUUUGUUUUCUGGGUAGUGGGAUACUAAGGUAUUGUUGGGUUUUUGGUUUUGGGUUUUUUAAUUUAUUAUUAUUUCAGACACCUAAGUUUGAGGUAACCCUUAGCCAUGUUUCUAAGGCCAAAAACAUAUGAGGAAGAAAGGGAGUUGUUUGCAGUAUUGAGUCAGAUUUUAGAAUACCUUAGCAAUAAGAAAAGACAAACCCUAACUUUAGUAAAUUAUCCUGACACUUGAUAAGACAAAUAUUUGGUAUUUUGUGGUCCUUUGAAACUUUCUUUUUGUAUGAAAAUUGUGAGAAUUUAAAUCAGCAAUAGUCACAAUUAGAUUUUUUAUGACAAGCUGUCAAUCACUUCGUAUAAUCAGUAAUGGUCAUGUGCUAAGGAGGGCAGAGAAAUGGAAGCAUGUUUGUGAAAAGCUCAACAGUCAGCAGCAACAGAUUAGUUGUGAAAGCCGCUGAACUCUGUGGUAUGCCCUCUGCAUUAUAGCGGCUUUCAAUGGGCACUUUAGAACUGACAGUGCUUGGUCUCCGCCAGCUUGAAACUCGGGUGUCGUUGGGAUAAGCAGUGCUAGCCAGCAUGAAGUUAUCGGUGCACAGCCUCACCACACCCUGGACCACCAUUCCUUCUAGGGGCUUCAGAGGUUGGAGGAAGUGCCACAUUGCAGCUUCCAUGUGCUUUCCAAGAACUGUAUGCACAACAUACACAUUUCUGCCUGUCUUUUGUGAGGAUGUCUAUGGGAGAUUGAAGUGGAUAGCAGUGAAAAUGUCACUAUCUGACAUGCAAACGUGUAUUAAAGCACUAGCAAAGGUCCAAAAUUAGUUUUUGCAAUUUGAUUUGGUACUUACGGUUUGGGUUUCUUUUUUUUCUGUUCCAUGUAGGUUAUAAUUAAAAGCCUCUCCAUAGGCAAUAUCCACAGUUCACUGUAUUUCAAAAAGGCAAAAUUUUGAUUUCACUCCCCCAACGGAGUAUCAUACCUGGAAAGGAAAUUAGGGAGAGACAAAUUCCCUAUUUACUUUUGCCAAGAGCUGUUUCUUUACAUUUUCAAGGUGUGCUCUAGCAGAGACACCACCCAUCUGCUCACCAGCAUUCUACACCCAUGGUAGCAAAGGCAGUCUUUAUAUUAAAACAAACAUUUUUAUAAAAUACUAAUUGACUUUAUAUACUAUAGAAGCUGUAUGUGGAAUUUUGACUUUUAUCCUUUCACUUGAAAAGGCUAUUGAAAAUCCCUAAACAUGUCUGCAUUUCCUAUUUUGUUCCUUAAAUUUUCAGAGAAGGGAAAUAAAAUUAGGUUGCAGUUACUGAUUCUUGCCAACUGCUUUUUUGAACUAUGCAUUUUAGAGAUGAACUAACAGUGUCCACCUUUUAAUGAAUGAAGCUAGUGCCAGGCUGUGUAGCUGUCCACUGCACUCAUUCCCUGUGGUGAGUGUCUGGUCUCUAAACACCUCGGAGUGUCACCUUAAGACCAUCUCCCUGCAUGGUUAUCUCCUGUGUAGCUACAGAGCGAUAAUCUCCAAACGGGGCAUUGCCAGCUCAGUGCUCCAGGACUUGAACCUAUGCUACAUUUUUGAAGAUUUAUAAAAUAACAUUGUUACAAAAAAAGAAAAAAAGUAUUUUUUAUCUAAAUGUAGGAUCUGCAUAUCUGUUAGGUUUUACAAAUUACCAGUGUUUGUCACCUUUUUUGUCUAGGAAUAAAGCAUAAGACUUCAAAUAAAAUUUUGAACCAAAAACAUUUAUAAUGCAGUUGUGGUUUUUCUAUUGCUUUUUUAUACUGUAUCUUAAAAAAUGUCAGGCCGAAAGAGUUUAUUUUGGUGUCAAAAACUAUCCUUCCACUCAUGUAACUAUUUUAAAUGCUAAGAAACAAAAUAAUGAAAGACAUUAAUCAUUGUAUUCAGUAAACAGUUUUUUAGAGAAUGUCUAUCUCAGCUAGCAGGCAGAUGUUUGGUGUAUUAAAUAAAUAGGUCUUUCACCAUUGUAAAUCUUUAGAUAGUAAAGAUAUUCUUGUAAAUGUUUUUCUGAUUGUAAUUAAUUUUUGCAAGUAUAGAAAGCACAUUGUUUCUGUAAUUAUUUAAGAUGCCUGCUUUUUUAUGCAGUUGUGGAAAG